AUACUGGAAAUUGAAGGAGUAAUUGAGAUGAUUUGAGCUGUUGUAUGUUACUUAAGAUGAAUAAGAAUUUCUGCCACUAUUUUAAUACAGUGAAGCUCAAGCUUUUGGUAGAAAUAGAACCUUUAAAUAUCGUUGUGGUGUGGUGAGGCUUGUGAGACACAAACAUGGUUAUGGAUAUCAUGAAAAUCUUGUAUGUUUUUGUACCUUUGGUGUUGUUGUCGGUGAGUUCCCAGGAUUCUGUAGUACAUGGCAGAAUACUGUCAAUCCAAACAAAACCUGACCCAAAUGAUGCUGCUGCCACAGCUCGUUGGUUGAUCUCUCAGAAUUCCUGGGGUGUCUUGAGUACUGUCUCUGCUGAUUUGGAUGGAGCACCCUUUGGGAAUGUGGUAUCCUUUAGUGAUGGACUACCUAACAAAGGAGGUGGCAUCCCAUACUUUUACUUGACAAGUCUAGAUCCAACGGCGAGAAAUGCAUUGAAAGACCAAAGAGCUUCAUUCACAGUCAGUGAAUACCCUCUUGGGACCUGUGGCAAGAUAGACCCAGAGAAUCCUACUUGUUCAAAAAUUACAUUAACAGGAAAGCUGAAAUUGGUUGAUGAAAAGUUCAAGGAAGCCGAAUAUGCUAGAAAUGCCUUGUUUUCCAAACAUUCAGAGAUGAAGGGCUGGCCUAAGGAUCACAACUUUCAAGUCUUCAAAUUAGAAAUUGGAAAUGUAUUUUUAAUUGAUUGGUUUGGUGGUCCAAAACCUCUCACAGUGGAACAGUACCUACAUCCUAAAAUUGUACGCCUGUAGUAGUAAGGGGAGGGGGAAAAACCCCACUUGUGAUGUCUAAAGUGUUGGAAAUUAAUAAAAAGUGUCAUUUUGCUAAUUCGUAUUUGCUUCCCAACAUGAUCCUAUCAUAUAUACACAACA